UGUUUCUUCCGGUUCCAUUUGGCUUACAUGCCACUACACAUCUUACAGUAAAAUGAGAGGGACUGCUUGUUGGGUAUCAGCAAAAAACUGGUUUACAUCAGAAAAUCAGCAAGGGCCAUCUAGCAAAACAAAAGAAACAGAUGGAGAAGGAAGACCAAAAGGACAAAAAAGAAAGCAGGUCACUCAGACGGUCAAAAGGAAAGCUAAGGAAUACGGGGACUAUUCCCCUGCAGCAGGAGAAGGUCCUUCAAAAAAGGUGAAGCUAACCAGUGCUGAAAUGGCAUCUUGGCAGACUCUCUCAGAGAGCAGUAGGUGGUUUCUGGAAACUGUAAUGGAUUCAGUAAUACUAUCUAUUUUGUGCCAAAAUAGUGAGAAAAAAAAGAAUGUUCAGAAGCACCUCAAUUUACUGAAAGAAAGGGUGCUGAGAUUUUUCAAGACUUUGAAGGUGCCCCCAGGGAAGCUGGGCAACCUGAAGAAUGUCCUGAGCCUUCUAAUGGCAGAGAAACAAAUGCUUGAGACAAAUGAAGAGUCUUUGAUACAAUUGCAGGAAGAAAUAAAUGCAGCUGAGCGAUCAGCAGAACAUACCAAAGAAACUAUAAGUGACCUGCAGUACAAAAUUCAGGUGCUCAAGAACCAGUUAGAGGAAGAUGAAAAAAAGGCCAGGAAGAUAUUCCAGGAGAAUAGCAGUGGAGCACUUCACCUGCCAGAACUCCCCAAGCGCAGUUUACAGGCACCCAUUUUGCAGGAAGAAAUUUUGAAGAUAAAAAAUCAAGAAGGUCUUUUGCAGGAUAUGAACACUAUCCAGCAGUCAGCUGACUGGAAGAACAUAUUAACCCUCAUUGAAAAGACCUAUGAGAAGGUGGACUUCCUUUGAAGAUGACCUAGGCCAGCAUGCUGUGUUACUUGAAGCAGCAGGAUGCCGAUCAUGGAAACAGUCUUUUCUUCCUAAUGGCUUUGCUGUUGUGACUGCUGAAUUUUGGUGAAAACACUUUCUAUGAAUAUUGGUAUAUAAAUCAGUAGAUGCAUUCUGGGACUCUAGUGAUUUAAAUAAUCAAUCAAGGUUUUUUUGGACCUGUGAUGACCUCUAAUGGUUAUAUAUACUGUCUUAGGAGAAGGGUGGGAAAGGGAUGCUGGGUUUAUUUGGGCAUUUUUUAUAGAACAAGGCAACUUUUUCCAUUACAUUUGAACUUUUAUAUCACAUCUGUAAAUCAUUUAAGGCAAUCUCUUACCAAACUAACUCUUGUUUUGGAGUUAAAUCCUCUUUAAAGCUGAAACAUAGUAAACGUAGUAAAAAUAUGAUUAUCUAA